AUGCAGUACCCCCAUGCCGGCAGCCUCCCCAACGGCUUCUCGUCAGCGCCCAGCUACUCGGCCACCAAGCACAAGGCCAUUGAGGAUGCUCGUGCCGCCCAGGCCAUCGUGCUGCGCGAGUGCGCUGACGCUGGCCGGGAGGCGCCGCCCUACAAGCUGCUGGAGCUCAUCGGCAAGGGCAGCUUCGGGCGCGUGUACAAGGCCGUGGGCACCAAGACGAGCCAGCUGGUGGCCGUCAAGGUCAUCAGCAUCGAGGAGGGCGACGGCAUCCAGCCGGGCGCGGCCGACACGCUGGGCGACAUCAUCAAGGAGGUCAACACGCUGAAGCUGCUGAGCAACAGCGGCGCGCGCAAUGUCAACGCCGUCGUCGACACUCAUCUGGUGGGCCAGGCCGUGUGGAUGGUGACCGAGUAUUGCGCUGGCGGCAGCGUCGCGUCGCUGAUGCGGCCCACGAGCGGCCUGGCUGAGCGCUGGAUCAUCCCGAUUCUGCGCGAGGUGGCCGAGGCGCUGUUCUGGGUGCACAAGCAGGGCAUCAUCCACCGCGACAUCAAGUGCGCCAACGUGCUCGUCACCGAGGCCGGCGGCGUGCAGCUGUGCGACUUUGGUGUCGCUGGCAUCAUGGAGACCAAGUUCGACAAGCGCAGCACCAUCACCGGCACCCUGCACUGGAUGGCCCCGGAGCUCUUCGACCCCCAUGUCGCCUACGGCAUCGAGGUCGACAUCUGGGCCUUUGGGUCCAUGGCCUACGAGAUCGCCAACGGCCUGCCGCCAAACGCAACCGCCAGAAUCAACAUCCAGCAGUUUGGUGCCUACCUCAAGCAGCAUCGCCCGCGGCUGCAGGGCGACAAGUUCUCCGACAACCUCAAGAACCUCAUCGCCUUCUGUCUGGUCGAGGAUCCCAAGCGACGGCCGCCUAUCGAAGAGAUCCAGCGGCACCCCUACAUCUUCAACACGCACGACAGAUAUCCAACCGUGUCUCUCUCCAAGCUGGUGGCCGACUAUAAGCACUGGGAGUCUCAGGGUGGCAGUAGGCAAUCUCUCUUCUCGGCUGGUGGUGCUCAGGGACCGCGCAAGGACCGAUCUCCGGUCCGUCAAAGCGGUUGGGACUUUGGGAAUUUCGACGAGGUGGACGAACUCAUGUUCCAAAACACGGCCAAGCCGCGUGCUGCCCCCGAGUACUACCCCAGCGUCGCCUCGAGCCCCGAGAACACGGCGCGGCCAAUGCAACGUCGUCGCAGGCGCCCGCCUCCGACCAUGAAAGAACUCAAGGCCCCUCUAGAAAAGGUGUUUGAUCCGUACACAAUCACCAAUUAUGGCGACAACUCGCGAGCCUGGUAUGGCAGAAUACCGAUGCCACCUCCAACUUCAGCUCCACCGCCAUCCUCCCAGAAGAAAUCGAAGCCAGAGCCCAAACCAGAGUCGGCAGCGCCGGCUCGCGAGUCGUUGAUCGAUCUGGAUCUUGCGUUUGACGACACCCCGGCGACGCCCAGCCUUGGCGAGGAGACAAUCAAGCCAGCCACGCGGCCCAUCUCGAUUGACUUGAGCGGAUCUGAAUGGAGCUUUCCUACGGAGGACAAACGAAGCACGCAAGAGUGGACGUUUCCCACAGCCAAACGCGAUACCCAAGAGUGGACUUUCCCUGCCAUGACGCCCAGCUCAGCCACCUUUGCUCCCAAUGCAGACACCUAUAGCGAUAAUGAGGAUUUCUCUAGUGACGCACAUGUACCUCAGCCGCAUCAAUUUGACGACAUGGGCGCCUCGACGAAUCGGGACUCGUCCAUGAGUCUCAUUGACCUCGAUGCUUCCUUGGCAGAUGAAGGGGGGUUCAGUGCCCCUGGUUCGUUCGUGCCAAGCUCUCAUGUGCGAUCAUCCGACUCGGUUCACGGAUCUCUAUCGUUCGACCUCGAGCUCGAUGCCGAGGCGGAAAUCAACACGAGAGAGCCCUCUCUAUACAUAGACGAUGACAUGGAGUCGGUCCCUUCUCUCACGCGGCAACUGAGCGACUUGCAGAGCACGCCCACCACGCCCGAUGAAAGGCCAAACAUUGCAUGGGAGUCGUCCGGCCUGGGGAUCAUGACGAGCGCUCGGAACUCCUUGAUGGCUUCCCUCCCGCCUCUUCCCAGUGCACCCUCUCCAAAUGUUCUGCAGGGCUUGGGCUCACAAGAGGACUUGAAGAACGAACUACAUCACAUUAUAUCAAGUAUGAGAGAACACCUCCAGUACGCGAAUGACUGGCUGAAAACAUUUGAUACCCCGACGACGGAAGAAGACGAAGAAGAUCAUCACAACGACGAAGAGGAGGAAGAGGAGGAAGCAUAG